AUGUCGGAUGUAGCCGGUGCCAUUGAGUUGCGCUUUGCUCGUCGAAACGACAUCCGAUCCAUUCAGCGGCUUUGCUCUGAAUGUUUUCCCGUUCACUACCCCGAUAGUUGGUACGCCGAUUUGGUUUCCACAGCCAAGUACCUAACCAUUCUCGCCACCCUUCCAAUGCGCACCUCUACGGGUGAAAGAGAAUCCAGUGUUGUAGGCAUGAUCGUCGCCGAGUAUCGAACCCUCAGCAGCUGCAAAGUGAUUGAUCGAACAAUCAUUCACCCCCGUCUCGCUACAAAGUCCUUUGUUAUGUACAUCCUCAGUUUGGGUGUGACUUCGCAGUUUCGAAAUUGCGGCAUCGUAAAAAUGUUCUUCACGCCGGGUAGCACUGGCGUUGUUGUUGACCUUGUGUCGCUUUUUAAACCACCACUGGCCUGGCUGUGUUUUUACCUCCUCCUGUAG